UCCGAAUUCUACUCUCACCACUCAGUAACUCACAACUCCGAAUUCAUCACCAAUUCACGAGGCCUUAAGCUUUUUACUCAGUGGUGGAUCCCACUCCCUCCGGCGAAAAUCAUCGGCGUCGUCUGCGUCGUCCACGGCUUCACCGGCGAGUCUAACUGGUUCGUUCAGCUCACCGCCGUUCACAUCGCCAAACACGGAUUCAUCGUCUGCGCUGUUGAUCACCAAGGUCAUGGAUUCUCCGACGGUCUUGUCGCUCAUAUACCAGACCUAAAUCUCGUUGUUGACGACUGCAUUAGUUUCUUCGAUUCGUUUCGGGAUCUUCACGCGCCGCCGUCUCUCCCGUCGUUCCUCUACGCUGAGUCUCUCGGUGGCGCUAUCGCACUGCUAAUCACUCUCCGGCAGGGUGAUACUGCUCCCCGCCGACCGUUCGACGGUGUCGUUUUGAAUGGAGCAAUGUGUGGGAUUAGCAAUAAAUUUAAACCGGCGUGGCCUUUGGAGUAUCUCCUUGAUAUUGCCGCUUUUUUUAUCCCGACUUGGCCGGUAGUUCCCACUCGCGGCUCGUUGCCUAUGGUUGCGUUCAAGGUAAUGAGAUAAAAUCGCUUUUGUUUAAAUUUGAAAUGAAAUCCGUUUGUGUAAAUUAGAUAUUCACGAUUUGUGAUAAAUAGUCUAUCUAUCUCAAUUUAUGUGAUAAUAUAUGAUUAAUUACGAAUUCUAAGAAGCUAAUUUUUUUUUUUUUGAAAACUUGUAACUAAAACUAUAUUUGUUUACAGUUAUAAAUUAUCUUGUUAAGUAUAAAUUAAAAAUUUAGGGUGGGUUUGGUACGAGGAAAAUAAGUAGCUUUAUCACUUAUUUUCCCUUGUUUGGUUGGUGAGGGAAAAAAAUUUUCUAGAAUUUUUUUUCUAGUGUUUGGUUAGAGAGUAAGAAAAUAUUUUUUAUGGUACUCUUUAACCCUCCCCCCUCCAAAAUACUCAACGUUUUAAGGACUCUAUUUUCUUCAAGAAUUUAAUUAUUCUUUCAAAAAUUCACACAAACCCAAAGGAUUUAGUGUGUUGCUUUACUUUUUUACACAAAAACAACGUUGGAAUUUGUGCUUCAUAACUAAAAAGAAAAUACUUUUUUUUUUGGGUUGAAA